CUCUGGGACAGACUUUGGACUUGUCAAACAGACUCAUAUUUCUGUUUAUUUUCGUAGCACUCGGCUCCGCAUGGGUGUCUUUCUAUGUGAGUCUGCACUGUGGCCAGCAAGGUGUUACAGUACAAGAUGUAACUUAACCGACCCCUUCUCUAUUGAGGACAUCUCUAAAUAUUUCCUUUAAUUAGUUCAGACUGGUCACACACUGCACAAUCUUUCAGCCACAGUCUUCAUCCCAUUCUGCAUCCUGAUUGGCUGUAAUUGUCGCAGAUUAUUCUAGUUAACAUGUCGGUGAGCCUCUUAAAGCGCAUUUUUGAAGACGAUCGAUGAUACUGAUUUUACGCUGAGUUGUAUCCGAUCAGUGGCUUUUAUCAGCAAGUUCCAAAAUACGUGAGCAGAUGAAAAAUCGCAAGACAGCACAAAUCUUUGUGGAUGUGUAAGAAGUUUUAUGAUUAUCUCUCGAGUUUGAAAUUAAUUUGGAAAAGUUGAACUUGGGACACAUUGGGACAAAUGCAGGGUACAUGCUAGACAGGGCUGACAUAUAGAAACAACUAUUCACACUCACAUUCACACCUACAGGCAUAUUCUAUUUUUUAUAUCUACGCUUCAGUCCAGGACACAAAUUGACAACUAUGUUCUAUAAUAGAUUCAUGAUCAUAUAUAGUUUUAGUUGAAUUUAGUUCAGAUUUAGUUUUACUCUCUUCCAAUCUGUUUUCUAUCUAAACUUUAAUAAAAGGAGCAGAUUAUAAAGAGCCACUCGAGUAUUGAUUGAAAACUAAUCAUGGAGAAGUCUUUAUUCUUGUUUCUUGAAUCUCGACACACAACCAUCCAUCCACGCUUUAAUGUGUGAUUACAUUUACAACAGCCUCUCUGAGCUCUCAGAAAUGUAAUUAUGUCCCUCACACCCAAUGCUUUUACAAAGAUACACCAUUUAACAAUCUGAGCCACGAUGUCAUGCACUUUUAACUUUACUCCUCUCUCUCUUUUUUCAAUUGAUUUGUUUAAUCCUGGCACGGCUGUAGUCUCCCGCCCUUCAGCCGGCUGUAAAUGUGUCUAAGCAGGACUAUAGUGUGGCAUUUUCCUCCUCAGGGCCCUGAUAUCCUGGGAGCCCUGACUGAAAGUCGUCUGACAUUGCAGCCGAUUUGGCUAAAACAGCUCUUUUACUGGAACCUCCUGCCAGAUUCUUGUGGUCGAUGUGGUGCGAGGGUCUCCAGAUCCGCUACUGUUAACUGUGCAAGCCUUCACGUUGACCUACUUCUCAACAUUUAUGUAAUCUUUAAGCCGAUGGGGGAGUGCAAGGGAAAGGGGGGCGAUGUCAUGGCUUGGUUAACCACAGACGGAGGCAAUGAGUGGAGCUCUCAAGGAUCUGAAUCUGAACAUCGUGGAAAUGACUGAUGAAAAUGCCACAUUGGACGGAGGAGAUGUUCUUUUUACAGGUCGAGAGUUCUUUGUGGGCCUUUCCAAACGGACCAAUCAGAGAGGAGCCGAGAUCCUAGCUGAUGCGUUUAAGGACUACGCUGUGUCGACGGUGCCGGUGCAGCAGGGGCUGCACCUGAAAAGCUUCUGCAGCAUGGGGGGACCCGGCCUUAUUGUCAUCGGCUCCAGUGAACCAGCACAGAAAGCUCUCAAAAUCAUGCAGCAGAUGAGUGACCAUCGCUACGACAAACUGACAGUGCCUGAUGACCUCGCUGCCAACUGCAUCUACAUGAACCUGCCCGAUAAGGGACAUGUGCUGCUGCACUGCACAGCGGAGGAGUUUCCAGAGAGCACGAAGGUGUUUGAGAAGCUGAAGGACUACACACUCAUCCCAGUGUCCAACAUGGAGAAGGUCAAAGUGGACGGAGCCCUCACGUGCUGCUCUCUGCUCAUCAACAAGAAAGGCAACAACUGAGCCUGCUCAGGGUCGGGGGGGGGGGGGGGGUCUCUUUCAGUGGAUGGUAACCAAGCAGAGUCAGAGUCCCAUCACCAAGGAACCCCGAGGUUCAGCUGUCUUUGUGCUUAGAGUAAGGGAUGAGCAUGUUUGUUCAUGCUGAGGGACAAAGAACAUGUAAAAAUUACACAACGUUAAAAGUCUUAAAAGGUUUGAAUUGUUCCGUUGGUACAAAUUACAAAUAGCUACAUUUAGAUAUUUUACUAUUUACUUGAAUAUAUUCUAACAUUACCUAACAUUUCCUACACACGUUAGGUCCAUUUUACUUACUAUCUGUUUAGAGCACUUAGUUCUUUAGUCGACUGUUCAAAUAAGAUGCUAAUUAACUAGAAUCUCUCCCAGCAAGUCCUGAAUGGACCAAGAAAACCAGAUGGAUGAGUGCGAAAUAAAACAAACAGAUUAAUCUCACCAGAUUCAGAUAAAUAACUAAAAGACAACGACACUGACAAAUGAUUCCAGGAAGAGUCAUGGAGAAAUGAAAAAUAAAGGCUUUUACAUCAAGACUAUGUUUUACUAGAUUGAGCUCAAUGAAAGUUCCAGAGGCUAUAAAGUCAAGUCAAGUCAACUUUAUUAUCAAUAAUGCCAUAUGUGCAGGACAUACAGAGAAUUGAAAUUGUGUUUCCCUCUUAUCCCCGGUGCAAACAGCAUUAAACAUGAAAUAUAAAAUAUAAAAAAUAUAAGUAAUUAAAAUAAAAAUCUUAAUGGUACCCAGUCGCACCCCUGACGAUAGAGUUUAUCAAAUUGUGUCGGACGUGGUGAAGAUAGAGCAGGGAUGCACGUGACUGUGCACGUUUAUUAAGCAUAGCAGGAAACACGAUGUGGUACCGAACCUGCCUUUCUUCACAGUUGUGGGCAGUAAGAAGUGGGAACCAACUCCUCAAAAUGUGGAAACCAAUGUAAUAUAACUCUUUAUUCUGUUUACCAUUUUAACUGUGAUGGAAUUCUUACGUGUGACUGGUUAUAUAAAAUGGAUGGUGGUUUAAUUUGUAGUAUGGUUUCACCACUGUACUUUAUUUCAAAUGUGCUAUUAAGUAUUUAAAAAAUGUGGAGCCACUUUUCAGGAUGUUCAGAAUUCUCGUCCUCGUGAUGGAAGUUCUUGAAAAUGCGACUGGAUUUGUGUUGAUCAGUGAUUUCUUUGUGAUUAGUUAUGAUUCUGUGAUAGUAAACUGCUGCGGAGACCUGACGUGCUCUUAGUUUUUAUGGCUGUCGUCAUUUGCCACUGAUUGUAAAGAACUGAAGACAGUUAAUUGAUCCCUGCCACCAGCUGGAGGAGCAAACCUUAUUCUACAAUUCUACAAGAACCAUCUGGGCCCGUUUAGUUGCAGCGAAUUUGCAUCCCUGCUGCCGAGCGUCUCUUAUUUGUGGGGAUGCAAACUUGCUCAUCUGUGCCAACCUUGCAGAGGACAGGAAACAGCUGCCUCUGUGUGUUUUCCUCAUUACAAGACGACCUAAGCUUUCACUUAGUCCAACGAAACACCUCUGCUCCUUCAAUGUGAAAACAAUCCAUGAGUUCACUCCUGUGGAAAGACUCUGAAAACACUGUCGUUAUCUCACAUUGUUGGUUUUGUUGAUUUUGCUUCCAUUUUCCCUCCGUCUGGAAGAUUUGACUCCAAAACAUGAUCCACUAAAUCUAAUAUCACAAAAUGCGACAGCAGUGAGAGUUGGCACUCAGCACGCAGAGCGGACUGACUGUUUGGUGCGUUUCCAUGUGUGUGCACGAUGGAAGCUGCCAGCAACAGUUUGACUGAUGAGCUCUGUUUCUGUGGCCUUAGCUCUGCUGUAGCCGAAAUCCGUGUUUGAGGCCUGCGGAUAUGACGGCAUAGCGCACGUAUACUGUAAAUACACUCCGUGCUGUAGCGUGAGGCCCGUCACAUCUGAAACUGUGUUGUUUCUCAUUGUGAUUGUAUGUGAAAGUUGAGGAAAUGACAUCAGGAGGUGAUUCAACCUCGCUCCGUCGACAUUUGCGUAUGGGCAAGUGGGCAGUGAUGAAACAUGGAAAGAAUUCCUGCAGGGAGGAGAGAGGCUCAGACGCCAGUAAACACUGACUCUCUUAAACUUUCUCUCUUUCUCUUGAUUGUCUCACUCUCAACAUUUCUCCUCCACAGUUAUUGCCUCAUAUACGAUUCUGGCCUGAUUCGUGGACAUGAUAUCACACAGUCUGGCCCCAACAGUGCGGACGUGAUGGGCUGGCGUUAAAGUGCGACUCUUGUAUAUUUGUACAGAAGGCUGCUGACUGGUUGCAGGGCGAUAACAUAGCUGCAGAGCCAGACGGGAGCAGUCACACUGCCUGAUUACCACAUGGCAGCUUUUCUUUUUUUUAGUGGAGUAAAAUCUAAAAAUCUAAAACUGCCAUCACCUCUCACUCCUCCGAUCCUAAAGUCAAAUAACAUCCUGUACGUUAGUUUGGCUCUUGGCUAGCGUUGCUGUAUGUGAGUUACUGCUCCUGACUUUGCUGAGGGCUCGUAUUUAUCCCCCCACUCAUCCCUGUUGUCAUGACGGUGUGAUCGGCCAUGUUCCGACUCAGGUCUCUUGGUUCUCAUUCAAGUUGUGAGUAAUGAUUGUUUGUGUCAUGUUAAAUUGAGCCUUUCAUCUACUACGUGUAAUAAAUUAACAUCUACCACUCA